UGGGAAGGUUCUACUUCUUACAGAAGUUGAGAGGAGAAUUCGUCUUCUUGAGGCUGUGGAGGAGAAGACUUCACUUUCUUAAGUAAUUGGAAUGGGAAGUGAGGUUGUCUGAAGUAAAGCUGAGGACUCUUUAAUCUUGCCUGGAUGAUCAAAAGAUUUUCCUGCUCCACCAAUGUGCUUCUUUUAAGCGCUGUGUCACUGCACCUCAGACAGUGGAACUGACCAUCCUUUUGACAAGGUAAGAAGGACGCUGCCACUUCAAUAUGGAGGAGGUGUGGCCAGCUGUGCAGUUACGUCUAGAUAUGGCAUAUACAGGUGAAGAAGGGGUCUCAGACUAAGUGUGGGAUGAGGAGGAAAAGAAUAACCUCACACUGCACAAGAGCCUUGUUUCUAUGUCUACCAUGGAGAAAAGUUGCAUGAACAUUAAGGAAGAGGACUGUGAGUGGGAGUCUGUUUACUUAGAGCAGCACCACCUCAGCAUUAAGGUGGAGGAGGACUAUGAAAGAGUGGUCUGUGACAUUAAAGAAGACUCUGAACCAGCUUCUGACGUCACCAACAUUCAGAAAAAUGAAACUAUUGGUGGCAUAAAGAAAGAAAACCUUAAAUCAGAGUCAGAAUGUCUGUGUUUCUAUCCCGAUGAAAAGGAUCCUGGAUUAGACUUGACGCCCAGUAGUCUGUGCUCCCUGCAACAUCAUUUGAAGUCUGAAUAUUUGGAAUCUUACAUGAAGAAGACAGCAGAAGCACUGGGAUAUAUCCAUCAUGAAGAAGAUUUCAUAAAGAGUGGCAACUGCUUAUCUUCAUUGGCUCAGACGUCUCUACAGUGCAGAUCACAACAGCCACCACAUGAUGAAAGUAUGAAGAAAUCAACAUGUGAAUCGGAGAGUUUGAGAUCAGCUUUUCUGGAGGGUAGCUCUCUGCUUGGUGAUGCAAUUGACACUCAAUUAGAGGGACUCGGUACAAAUUCAUCAACUUCAUUUGUCUCCCAAGUGCAGAAGGAACAAUUUAAAAGGGAAUCAAAAUGCAAGCAGAGUCGGAAUAGACAGAAACUUUAUAGUUGUUCUGAAUGUGGCAGACAACUCACACUAAAGAGCAGCCUAAAGAAACACAUGCGAAUUCACACUGGAGAGAGGCCAUAUUCUUGUUCCACAUGUGACAAGCGAUUCUCCACCAGUGGGGAUCUUCGGAUCCACACAAGAAUCCACACUAGAGAAAAGCCAUAUUGCUGUUCAGACUGUGGGAAACAAUUCUAUCAAUUGACUCGUCUUCUGGUCCAUAUGAAAAUUCACACUGGAGAGCAACAGUGUUGCUGUUUUGAAUGUGGCAAACAAUUCUUGCACAGCAGCAGUCUUCAGACCCACAUGAGAAUUCACACUGGAGAGAAGUCAUUUUGUUGUUCUGAUUGUGGGAAUGGAUUCUCCUCCAAUGCACUUCUUAGGACCCACACAAGAAUUCACAGCGGUGAGAAGCCUUAUUGUUGUUCUGAAUGUGGGAAACGAUUCUCUGAUAGAAGCAGCCUUCGGAGACACAUGAAAAUUCACACUGACACCAAUAAUGAAUGGCCACAGGUAUGGACAGCCAAACAGAAAGAGGAUUUCCAAUCCAAGAACCCCUGGUUAGGAUUCAAAAGUAGAAAAUUGGGAUGUUUGGUCUGUAGCACUGUGUCCAUUGAUGGUAACAAGGAGAAAGGUGUAUCGUUCUCAAGAGAAUGGAUGAACUUUGAAAUUCAAGCGUCUGGCCUAAGCAGUAGAGAGACAAGUCUGUCCGCCUUAAGAAAUAAGGUGAGGAAACAUGCUUUGUCCAAAGCACACAUUCAAGCUGUGAAGAUUAAAGAGCAACAGAAAGAAGCGACCAUUGAAAAUGCAAUGGAGGCCAUGACAGAGUCCUACAUGAAGGAAACCGAAGCUGUGUUCAGAACAGCCUACCAUUUAGCCAAAAGGAAUAGACCUUUUGCUGACCACGAGAGCCUCAUGGAACUGCAGGAAUUGAAUGGCAUAAAGAUGGGCUCAGUACUUCAUUCAUGUUACAGUGCAACACAAAUAAUCGAGCAUGUUGCUAAUGAGAUGAAAAAAAAAAUUGUCAGUAGUAUAAUAGCAUCAUCAAGUAAGUUGGCCGUCCUAGUUGAUGAGACUUCUUCUUUAAAUCGCAAAGCUGUCAUGACUGUUUCUGUGAAAGCAUCAUUUGAGGAAAACAGUCCUGAAUUCAUAUUCCUUGAACUUGUUGAACUUGAAAAUCAGAGAGCUGAUGGCAUAGCAGAGGCUUUACUCAGUUGUUUAACUAAUGCUGGCUUUAUGGAGGAAUGGCUUCAUGAAAACUGGGUGACAUUUGUAUGUGAUGGAGCCAGUGCCGUGUUAGGAAAAAAGUCAGGUGUAGCAACAAGGCUGACCUCAAAAUUCCCAAGGCUUUUUGUAUGGCACUGCAUGAACCAUAGACUUGAGCUAGCUGUGUCAGAUGCAGUUGAUGAGGUAAACUCUGUCAAUCACUUUAAAGCUUUUAUGCAGAAGCUGUACUCUCUGUAUAGUGCGUCAGACAAAAAUGAGCAUGAACUUAAAGAUGCGGCCGCUGAAGUAGAGUCGCAGCUUCUUCGUAUUGGCAGAGUUUUAGAUGUACGCUGGGUGGCCAGUAGCUUUCGGACUGUUCAUGCAGUUUGGACAUCACUGGAAGCUCUUGUGCAGCACUUUAAGAGUGCUUGUCAUGAUGAGACAAGAUCCAGCAAAGAGAAACAAAUGUACAGAGGUCUAUUAGACCGUGUUCAAAGUCCUGAAUUUCUGUGUGAUCUUGGGCUCAUGUAUGACACACUCCAUGAACUAAGUCUCCUGUCACAGGAACUUCAGGCUCGUUCUGUUACUCUCCUUAGAGCAGACCAUCUACUAAAAUGCACAUUAAGAGUGAUACAUUCAUUUAAAGAGAGUCCAGGGCAAAAAUACAGUGAGGCUUUAGAAGCAGAAGCCAGGGGAAGGUACCGGUCUGUUGCCUUGAAACAAAAUGCAAAGCUCACCUCUAUCCAUCCCAGACAAUUCCUGCAAAGCAUUGUGAACAAUCUCGAACAACGCUUGUCUUUUGAAGAUGAGAUCAUCAAGGACCUCAGCAUCCUUGAUCAGAGUAAAUGGCCAUCAAACCCCAGCAUUCGCCAUGGUGAGGAACAAAUUAAGAGACUCUGCAAGCGAUUUAACUUGUGCGAAGACCAAGCACUGAACGGGAUGCGGGACUUGUUGGAAGAGCCAAACAGUAAGCCCAAGGACCUCAAACCACUCAUUAACUGUAUGAAAACAUUCCCUGUCAGCACAGCAGAGUGUGGGAGGAACUUUAGCCUUAUGAACAAUAUAAACACAGACAAAAGGGCUGUCCUACUGGUUUCAAACAUAUCAAACUUGAUGAUGAUUAACAUCAACGGCCCCCCUACUUCCAAGUUUGAACCUCAAAAAUAUACGAGGACCUGGCUGAUGAGCCACCAUACUGCUAGUUCUAGGCAGUGCAGGGUGAAAACCCCUGUGGAAAGCAAGUCUGUCUGGAGAAUACUGUAG